CUGCUACCCCACCAUUCCUGUACCCUCUUGUCGUGGGCGAAAGCAUCCAACUGAGGCGUACUUCCAUUCCUUUUUUUUCGUCCCCCUUUCACUGGUAUUGACGCUCCUUUUUGACAUUCCAAGACCCAUCCCUCGGUUCUGAGAAGUCCGUGACGACAGCCAAGCCAACUCGCUCGUUCAGGAUCGUAGACUUUCCCUCCACAAUGUCCCCUAUACUGGCCGCUCGUGACGUCAACUCUUCUUCGGCUGGUAUGAGCAAAGGACUGUACCUUGCAGGCUUCACACUCGUAGGACUCCUCAUCGCCGGGCUGUCGCUAUGGUUGCUGGUUCGUUGCUACAAGAAACGAAUGGGCGAAAAACGAAACGGCGAGCGCAGUGCUGCAUUCCUUCAUGUGAAGGGAAUCAGGAAAGCUGGGGACAUCGUCCCCACUGCGCGAGGUAGGAUACCCAACGCUUUCAGCAGGGAGAACAUGACGGCCUCCGUCGUUCUCCCGGACAGAGUCCUCAUGCGGCAAGCCUACCCUGCAAGCCAAACUUCCACUCCCGCUUCCUUCGUACAGUCGCAAGCUACCACCACCUUUGAUCCCCCCCUACAAGUGCCUAUAUCCCCUCUAAACCCUGCCCACUUCCGACUUAGCCAUGUAUCCACUCACUCUGCCCAUUCCCCCAUUGCUCACCCUUCGUUCGUGCAAUCGCGCACAUCUUCUUUCAGCGCCGGCAAUGCCGCAUCAGCCUCCCCACACGCCCGACCUGUCCGUCAACUCUUCGAUCCUGUCCUAUCUGACGAACUCCCCUUAACGCAAUUGGGCGAAUAUCUCGCUAUUUUUGAAUCCUUCGACGACGGCUGGUGUCUCGUCGUCAGGGAUAAUUCUCGUCCGCGCCGAUCAUCCAUCACUUCCACGAUCAUUGGCUUCCGCGGCAGGAACUCUAAUGCAUUGAAUGCAGAUACUGCUGAAGGAACCCAACAAGAUAUAGGGUUGGUCCCUGCAUGGGUGUUUGUUAAACCUAUGAAAGGCCUCACCGUCGAACGGCCUAUGCGCGUCUCAAGUGUGGAUGCACUCAAGCUUGGUCUGGGUGGCGCGGAACCUUCAAGAGAUACGAUGGUCUCCUGGUCAAAUUUCGCAUAGAGUGCGAUCUUACAUGAAAACUUUCGCUGUCGACCCACGGUUGUUAUGCCUUCCGUUGUUUUCUUCGUAUCAUAUGUCACUGUGUCCCUUGCCGUGUCACCCCGUUAUUCGGAAACACCAGUCUGUUUUCGCAUAAGCUGAGUUCCGGCAUAUAUUGUUCUUCUAUUUCGCCCAUGCUGUGCAAGUAUCAAUCAUUCUUCCG